AUGGUAGAAGUCAAUGUAGCCAAAGUGGUCAGGGAAGGUCUCGUGGAGAAGAUGGGCAUAAGCCAAGGCUUGAAAAGGUCCUCACAGAGUUUACUCCAAGUCACUCCCUUGUUCAGCUGGGCCAGCUUCCACCAGGGUGUGGUGUCUCAAUUGGACAGACCAAUCUUUUGCUGGCCUUGGUGGAGCAGGGCAUUUGGUGGCUAUGCUGGCUCCUUACCAGAUUCUAUGGCUGAUAGACUGACCAAACAGGUCACUCAGCAGCUAGAGUGGCUCCACACCAAGCUCUGUGGCUGCUGGACAGGGUCAGGCUGGCCAUUCUACAGCUGGGCAGCUGUUGUCAGCCGGCAGGGCAUUUUUUUCAAUAAAUAUUGUCGAACAAAUUGGCCUUCCCGGGCGGACAUUAACCUCCAUCCACCUGACUCUUGCCCCACCCCCCCACUACAUUUCCCAGCAUGCCACAAAACUUUUUUGCGUGACUCAGGAAGUAGAAGCCUUUCGCUUCCGGGGCAGAUGGUUGGGGGGCAGGUGAUGGCGGUUUUCAGGGUGACUGCUUCUAUUUGGUUCUGCCGAGCAGGGCUCAGGGGAGCAGGGCUCAGGGGCUCAGGGCUUCUGAGAGUCAGAGCCCCGGCCCAAGCCUGGCUCCCGCUCUCGCCGGGGGCCCGCGAGACGGGGCCGUCUUGUCGUCGGGUGAGCUCCGAGGCUAAUUCAGAUUGCUCGGAGACAAAGAAGCCGGAAUUCACAGAUGAGGAAGUUCAAAAUAUACUCACCAAAAUGACUGGUUUGGAUUUACAGAAGGUUUUUAAACCAAUUAAGCAACAACUUAAGCCACCAACAUAUAAGCUAAUGACAGAAGCACAACUGGAAGAGGCCACAAGACGUGCCAUUGAGGCAGCUAAAGAACAGUUAAAAAUGCCACCUGUGCUGAAAGAACGAGAGCCAAUAAAUGAUGUAUUAGCAGAUGAUAAAAUCCUUGAAGGAACCGAUACUGCCAAAUACGUGUUUACUGAUUUAACAUAUAGCAUUCCACAUCGUGAGCGUUUCAUUGUUGUCAGGGAACCAAAUGGUAUUCUACGCAAAGCUUCCUGGGAAGAACGAGACAGAAUGAUACAGGUUUUUUUCCCAAAAGAAGGUCGUAAGAUUUUUCCACCAUUAAUGUUCCAGGCAAAUAAUCUUCUGACUUUGUUCAGUCAGCAUCGCCAUGAAGAUGUCCUCAAUCUCUGUGUUGCGCAGUUUGAGCCAGAUUCAGCUGAUUAUAUUAAAAUUCAUCACCAGACAUAUGAAGAUUUAGAAAAGCAUGGUAAAUAUGACAUUUUGCGUUCAACAAGACACUUUGGUGGAAUGGUGUGGUAUCUGGUAAAUAAUAAAAAGAUUGAUGGUUUGCUGAUUGACCAGAUUCAGAGAGAUUUAAUGGAUGAUGCCACAAGUUUGGUCGUUCUGUAUCACAUGCUUCAUCCACACGGACACUCUGCUAAGCAGGCUAAAGAACAAGGAGCUGAGGGAUUAGACUUAAUUAAGGUCUUUGCAAAAACAGAAGCACAGAAGGGAGGAUAUAUAGAGUUAACUUUACAGGCUUACCAAGAAGCAUUAAGUAGUCAUUCUGCAGCUUCCUGAAGAAAGUACUUAAAUAAAUUAUCUUUUUUAUUAAAUAUCA